GUUUAUUAAGUAUGUGAUUAACACAGCAAGUUAUAUUCUGACCUUCAAUACAAAAAACAUUAAAUUCAAUUAUAAAUAAAUUGUUGUUAGCGUUAAUGAUGCAACGAUGAAGGCAACUAUGGCUUUACCAGAUGUUAUCGUGACACGCUUCAAGGACAAUUACAUAUCCGUGGAAGGAUAAUAGAGCAGAAAUUUGACAGUGUGAAUUGCAAUGUUGUUAUAUAAUCGGAAGACUCUACAUGCAAUGUUUUGGAUCUAAAAACACAAAUAUCAAAUGGUUUUUUUGCAAGGGAGUACUCCGAAAGAAGACACAUGUGAUUUGAUUUCAAGUAUUAAAAAUAUUGUUUUCAAAACUGUUGAACAGAGAUCCUGAACGAAUGGAGGGCUGGAGCAUUUCCAAACUGCCAAAAUAGCAACAUAUUUAAGGAUUAAUUCCUGUUCAAGUGGCGCCCAUGAAUCAUCAAGCAUUUAAAAAUGCCAUUUAAGAAAAUUCAAAGAAGAGUCAGCGGACCGGGAGCCUAUUGCAACAACUAUUUGCAAAGCAACCAAGAAAACUCUGAGUUUUUACAACUUUAUCAGAAUCAACUGCACCAGUCUUCAGUGAACGUUGGAUAUAGCAACAUAGCGUACGGCAGCAGCAAUACUACACAGUAUGAUACAGGAAAAUGUGACUCAACACCAACGACAGACAAACCGCUAGGGCUCAGAACGACCGAAUCUGAGAUUGGUGGCAACACAUAUAAUAAUUUGGAUAAAGCAUCAUCAGUUCCCGAUGAAAACAACUUGAAUUUUAAUCUUGUAAAAAAUAGUGCAAAAUCUCUAUCCGCCAACAACUGCAGUAGUACUCAAAAAAGUGCAGCAUCAGGCGCAAGUUCCGGUAGUGGCGGGAAUGGGAGCAGUGAAUAUCAAUUGAAAUAUUACAAAAGUGAUAACAGUAACAAUUUGAAUACUCCGACGACUAACACCACUACAGAUCAUCAGCAUAUGCUGAGUGAGUCGAUUGACAAUUCAAACAAUAGUGUAAGAAACUCACCACUAUUUAAUGGAUGUAAAAGUGUUCUUCAUCAGGCCAUCUCACUGAACAAUUCCAACAAGCCUUCAAUUAACAAAAACGCGUUGCUAAGCUCGUGCCAGGGGUCGUUCCAUUCUUUACAGGGUGGUCUUAGUUCGGAUACAAAUACGUUUGUGCAACAAUAUGGCAGUAGUAUAUCGUCAACAAAUUCAUCUUCGAAUGCUGCAGCGGUUGCCAGUUCACAGCAACAAUCAAACAGCUUAGCUCAUUUCCACCAACAACAACUUUUACAACAUCGGCCGGGUUGCUCUUUAACGCCUGCUGAAUCGUUGAAUGGUAGUGGCACGCUAGUAUUUAGUAGGUCUAGAAUUAACAGUAACAGCGAUGCAACUAAUAAUAAGAGUAAUAAUUUCAACAAGUUUAACUACGACAAAAAAUGCUCUAGUUCUGGUGCUAAUAUAAAUAUACAUAGUAAUACUCGUAACAAAAGCAAUAAUAAUAGUAACACAAUUAACAUUAGCAGUAGUAGUAGUAGCAAUCAUCAAAGUGAAACUAAUCAAUUGAAAAGUAUAAUCGAGUUAAAUACACAAGUUAGUGAAUUGAAUAGUAAAAAUAUUGAGUUCAACAGGCAACUAAGUGCACCUACUGAAAACAACAAUAAUCAAAAUAACCCCAAUUGCUACAGUAACAGUGUGUACAAUCUUUACUCUAAUCACAUAUUGAGCCAGUACUACACAGGAUCUCCGAACACAAAUAGCCUAAAUAGGACAAAAAAGAAGAGAAGCUUCAAACUGAACGGAAGAUUGUUUAACGCCGCUAGUACUGAUUCUAUUAGAUUUCAUUCAAAUCUACUAAAUCAGAAUGAAAACGAUUUAAGGGUAUCGAUUGAUAAUACAUGCACAGAUUCUUUAGUAACUGCAUUAGACGACGAGGCGCUUCUGAUAAAUGACUACAUAAACGACAUGGCAAAAUCAAAGGUACAUUUCGAUGAUGUUUCCCUUUAUGGGACUCCAAAGGAAGAACCGCUUCCUUGCAUACCACUGUCAACAGAAAAACCAUCAUCGAAUUUUCUCAAAAACCAGUUGCAAGCAUGGUUUCAACCGACAGACAAUCGACUUGCGAUGAAACUAUUUGGAAGUAAAAAAGCUUUAGUCAAAGAGAGAAUUCGCCAGAAGACAGCUGGUCAUUGGGUCAUUCAUCCGUGCAGUUCGUUCAGAUUCUACUGGGAUUUGUGUAUGUUGCUACUGCUAGUAGCCAAUUUAAUUAUUUUGCCUGUUGCCAUUUCCUUUUUUAAUGAUGACCUCAGCACAAGAUGGAUUGCCUUCAACUGCUUAAGUGAUACGAUUUUUUUGGUUGAUAUCGUAGUCAACUUCAGAACAGGCAUUAUGCAACAAGAUAACGCCGAACAAGUGAUAUUAGAUCCUAAGCUUAUUGCAAAACAUUAUUUGAAAACAUGGUUUUUUCUUGACUUGAUUUCAUCGAUACCUUUGGAUUACAUCUUUCUUAUUUUCAACCAGAUUCAAAAAAAUAAUCAGGACUUUUCUGAUUCGUUCCAAAUACUCCAUGCUGGAAGAGCUUUACGCAUACUGCGGCUGGCAAAACUAUUAUCAUUAGUGAGGCUACUGCGGCUUUCCCGUUUAGUACGCUACGUUUCACAAUGGGAGGAAGUUUAUAUCCUACAGAAUCUACAAAAAAAACAUUCAGAUCGAAGAAACAGGCGUAAAGAAAAGGCGGGCUUUUCAAAGAGCAAUCUUAUUUUUAAGUUCCUGAAUAUGGCUUCAGUUUUCAUGCGGAUAUUUAAUCUGAUUUGUAUGAUGUUGCUAAUCGGACAUUGGAGUGGUUGCUUACAGUUUCUAGUUCCUAUGCUGCAAGGAUUUCCAUCUAAUUCAUGGGUUGCAAUUAAUGAACUACAGGAAGCAUAUUGGUUAGAACAAUAUUCAUGGGCAUUAUUCAAAGCAAUGUCUCAUAUGCUUUGCAUAGGAUACGGAAGGUUUCCACCACAAUCACUAACUGACAUGUGGUUGACGAUGCUAUCCAUGAUUUCUGGUGCAACAUGCUAUGCACUGUUUCUUGGACAUGCCACUAAUUUGAUUCAAAGUUUAGAUUCGAGCAGACGUCAAUAUAGAGAAAAGGUUAAACAAGUCGAAGAAUACAUGGCAUACCGAAAAUUACCAAGAGAUAUGAGACAAAGAAUUACUGAAUAUUUUGAGCAUCGAUAUCAAGGAAAAUUCUUCGAUGAAGAAUGCAUUCUGGGAGAACUUAGCGAAAAACUAAGAGAAGAUGUGAUAAACUAUAACUGUAGGUCUUUGGUUGCUUCAGUGCCUUUUUUUGCCAAUGCUGACUCUAACUUUGUAUCAGAUGUAGUCACUAAAUUAAGAUAUGAAGUAUUUCAACCAGGUGAUAUUGUGAUUAAAGAGGGAACAAUAGGAUCAAAAAUGUAUUUUAUCCAAGAAGGAAUCGUAGACAUUGUGAUGGCUAAUGGAGAGGUUGCAACAUCAUUAUCAGAUGGAUCAUAUUUCGGAGAAAUUUGUCUUCUAACGAAUGCCAGACGUGUGGCAAGUGUUCGUGCUGAAACUUACUGUAAUCUCUUUUCGUUAAGUGUUGAUCAUUUCAACGCUGUUUUGGACCAAUAUCCACUAAUGAGGAAAACUAUGGAGACUGUCGCAGCCGAAAGAUUAAACAAAAUUGGCAAAAAUCCCAACAUUAUGAGUCAUAAGGAAGAAUCUGAGUCAGCUAAUGCAGAAACUAAUCAAAUCAGCGCAGUCGUAAACGCAUUGGCCGUUGAAGCUGAAAAUAAUCUUAACAAUUUAAGUGACGAAAGCGGAAGCUUGAAAAAGGUACACUCUGAACUAAGUUUGACAGAAUUGAAUCAAAGCUUACGAAUGAGUUUGCCGAGGCCAAAAAGUGGUGAAUUUAGAGCUCUUUUCGAAGGAGGUAGUCCAUAGAAUAAUGCUUU